AUGAAAGAUAUUCCAUAUGCUGAAGCGGUUGGAUGCCUCGAGUAUAUUCAAGUUUGUACAAGGCCCGACAUUGCCUUUGUUGUUGGCAUGUUAGGGCGUUAUCUACAAAACCCGGGCAUGGACCAUUGGGGAGCUGUAAAGAGAGUUUUGAGGUAUCUAAAAGGUACUAAAGACUUCAAGUUGGGUUUUAAGCAGAAGGACAUCCUAGAUGUUGUUGGUUAUUCCGAUGCGGACUUCGCUGGCUGUGUUGAUACUCGGAGAUCGACUUCUGGGUACGUUUUUAUCAUGGCCGGUGGGGCUAUCUCAUGGAAGAGUGUUAAACAAUCCUUAGUAACUACUUAUACCAUGGAAGCCGAGUUCGUUUCCUGUUUUGAGGCCACUUCGGCAGGUGUAUGGCUCAAGAAUUUCAUCUCCAGGCUUAGAAUUGUAGAUUAUAUAUCUAAGCCAUUAAAAGUCUAUUGUGACAACUCUGCUGCUUUUUUCCUAGCUAAAAAUGACAAAAGUGGGAGUCGAAGCAAGCAUAUCGACAUUAAUGGCCUGUUUGGUUGGAUGUAG